AUGGAUCUUGGCAGAAUUCUCGACGGAACUCCAGAACCGCCGGCCAUUGUGCCUUCCUUGGACUUCUUUUCUGGAGGCAAACGCGCACCAGCUGAUAAAAACUCGGCACUGGACUAUGUCCUCCCAGUGCCAAUGACACCCUUCCAAAAACAACUCACUGACGACGUCGUUUCAUUACAUUAUUCAGACAUCUUGCGGUUUUUUGAAUGUGGCUCUCUAGAUAACCAAGUUCUUCAUGACUCCCUUGCUAGUCUCUACGCAAACACACAGCUUGUCGCAACUCACCCAUACCUUUUGGUCCAACAUUACCUGCCACCAAACCUAUUGCUUAAGGAUGUGCCAAAUCGACUCACAAACUCCUCCGGGAAGUUUGCUGUUCUAGUCAAACUCAUCGACAUGUUGCGCGACAAGAAAGUAGAUGUGGCUCUUGUCUCGCGUGCUGGUAAAUCUUUCGAUCUCAUUGAGGCCCUCCUCCUCGGCCGCGCAGUUAACUACCGUCGCUACUCGGGCUCGUAUCUACGCCAGUCGACCAAAUCUUUUAAAAAAGCUUCUACUAUUCAUCUGUUCCCAUCUUCACACCUUUCAUCAACUUACAUUGGUUCAGAACGUUUUCACCUUGUCAUUGCCUUCGAUCUCACUUUUAAUCCCGAAGAUGCACACAUAACUGCUAUUCGUACCCAGGGCCGUGGGGCCAAUGACACUCCGGCACCCAUCAUCCGUCUUAUCCCUUAUUACUCGGCUGAACAUAUUGUUUAUAAAUUCCAGAACAUCAAGUCUGACGAUGAAACCCUCUAUAUGAAGCGUGUGGUUGCAGCCAUUGUUGUGCUGCGUGGUCGCGCUGGUUCAGUCCCCGUGGACUUGCGACCCCAUUACGCGUCUGGCUUGAAAUUCUUGGCUCCAUGGCUCGAAGACCCAGUGACACAUCCCUGGACAUUACCAAAAACACCAGAUAUUGAAAUCUACUCAGCUCAAGAUGUAGAAAAGUCACUUCUAACUGAAGUCAAUGUCGACGCAAAACACCCAAUCGAUCCUGAAAGCUCUACAAACUUUUAUUCAACCUCCAUCAGUAGUAACCAGCAUGAUAAUAGCAGCAAUAACCAGGCAAAUGGUCACUCCCAUAACAACCACUCGUCUAACUCCUCCUCAUCUUCCACCUCUCAGCCAUAUAGUUAUUCUCUGGCCAAUGGUGUCCCAAAACAAUUUACAAAAUCAGGCCGCGACCUGUCCCACCCAAAUAUUCAUCGCUAUUACCCUGAAGAUGAAAAUGAAAAUGAUGAAUACUACAAUGCAAAGCGCCUGAAGCGCGAACGGUACUCACCUGGCGAUCCAGAAACCGCUACUUCAUUUUUGGCUCCUCCUGGCGGAGGGCUCUAUCAGCAACAAUCCGAUCGCCAGAUUUUGACGCACAAGAUUCUGCGGCGGCUGGAUAAUGCCACACGCGACCUAGCUUUACGCCAGGCAGAAGUUACAUCACUACGCUCCCAGGCUUCUGUGCGUCAGUCUAUGUAUGAGGAUCUUAGUACCGAAGCUGGGAAGCUGGUCACACAGAUUUCCACUCUCAAAGAGCAGUUGCAAGUUCAAGAGCGCAAAUCCGAGCGCUCUGACGCCGAGGUGGAAAAACUUACCACCAAAAUCGAGCAACAAACAAAGGAUCUUGAGGAAGCACGUGAGAUGCUAGCAAAUGGCCCACCAGAACUCGCGACUCUCGAAAAGCAGCUUGUGCGCAUUGCUGAACUCGAAGACUUGGUGAAAAAAGCAAAUGAACGUGCCGAUCUCCGUACCACAGAAAAUGAGUACAUGCGCUCAGAGUACCAAAAGGCUUCUACAGCUGCCACUGAUGCUCUUGAGGAAGUCAAAACUCUUACGACAGCUAAAAAAGCACUUGAAGUUCGUCUGGAAUCUCGGGCAAUUGAGCUUAACCGUCUUACUUUUGAUGAAGAACGCAAAAUUAAAGACCUACGUAUUGCUGAACUAGAAACUAGGGCUGGAAACAUUGAAGAACAUCUCAAACGUCUUCAAAAGGCCGAGCGCCAUCAGCCCACUCGUUCCCGCUAUGGCAUGCGUAACUCCAGCUCCAAUAGUAGGCGGAACAAUUCACCUUCUGUAUCAGGUGGUUCUGGAAGCAAUAAUGGUAACGGACGUAGGGGAUCUCCCGCAAUAAGUUAA